UUCCACAGUGCGUUUUGCUACUCAAGUCUGUUUUGCCUUCUGUGCUUCAACUUCUUUCUUUCGCUUGUUGCUAUGGCUUUCCCUAUGGCUUCUUCUUUGACCUUGGAGUUUGGUGAUUGGAGUGAUGCCGACAGCAUUGGUGAAGUCAGUGCUUACGGCAAUGCCUCGGUGUCUUCGGGAAGCACCUGUGCUUCUGGUGUUGAGUUCUUUGGAAACCGCCAAAGUCAGAGGCAAUACCUUACCAACCUCCUCACAAGUGAUGAGGAGAGUGAUGAGGAGAGCGAUGAGGAAGAAAACUGUAAUGUGGUGAUGUUUGAGGGGACGGAUGCUUUAGCCCUGAAACCAUCCCACAUCAACUUCCUUGUGUAUGACAUCAUUGACUGUGCCACCUAUGAGUUGUUGGUUGCGCGUAAAAUUUCCCAGAGGCAGAGCAACCCUGACUACUACACCUUGGAGGUGGCAGGUAUGGAGAUGUCGCCACAAUAUCAUAUGAGUAUGUAUCUUCAUCGUAUUGGCAACCUUGACUACUACGAACUCAUCGACCACAAACCCUUUGAGGUUCAGUUUGUCUUGAUUGGGGAUGACCGUGGCAGGGUGAAACGCAAAUUCACUGGAUUGAGAGACAUUGCUUAUGUGAGGCGCUGGUUGUGCCACCAAGUCUUUGAGGGAAUUGACUUGGAUGACAUCAGAGUUCUUCACAAACACGAGGAACUUGAAGAUGACGACGAGCAACUCCGCUAUGUCUUCAAUUUGGCUUCCAACAUUGCCGACCCCUACGGCUUGUAUGAGCUACAGGUGAUGUUGAGAGGCAGGGGUGGAGGAAAGCGGAAGUUUGAGGAUGUGAUGGAAGAGGUGAAUGACAAGGUUGUCAAGAUUGCUUCCAAAAUGUCAGCAGACAACCAGUUCAAAACAGAACUGGAUGUUUUUUUCAAAAAGUUGGAGAGCAACUCAUCGGGCACACCCAUUGCUGACAUCGUCCGCAAUAUGAACCCUGAUGAGUUCCAAAGUCUCUAUGGCAACUACUGGAAUGACACACAGGCAAAUUUCCUUCGCUUUGUUCCCAACAUUGCCGAAAACUUGACACCAUUGAUGACAAAGAUUGUCGAAACAGAAACGGAUGCCAGUGAUGCGAGACAAGCACUUUGUGCUACUCUUUGUGGUUUCUUUGCCAAGGAGUUCAACAACGGCAAGGAGGUAAAAAACUCCAUCUUUGAGGACAUCUUGGAGAACCAGAAGAGCAAGCACGAGGAAGACCAGAGGGUUGAAGCACGCGCCCAGCAGCUGAUUUUGGAGCGUCAGAAUGCUUCAAGCAAUGGAGAUGUCCCAAUGAAUGGAUGAAAACACCAAUUUUCAGACCCUGAAAAC